UAAAAUUCCACUUUAAACUUUGUUUCAAUAUUCGAAAUGGAGCAAAUUCAGAAGAUUAACAUAAGAUUACUCUAAGCUCUAGACUUUCAUAAUGAUUUCAUGCUUUAAAGUGGCAAAUUAAGGAAAAUUAUUUACAUUUUGAGGUGCUCGAGUUGGGGAAAUUUUGAAAUUAAAUGAU